AUGGUGAUGGCUGUUAGUGCAAAUAAUAAUGAUAAUAACAACAAUAAUCAGGAAGCUACGGCGUCUCAGAAAUCUCCGUCAACGGCGAAUGGCGUUCCUGUGAAUUCGACCAACAACGGGGUUAGUAGUAACACUAACAACCUUUCAACUGGAGACGCCGUGAAUUCCAAAACGCAGUCGUCUUUGAGGCACGAUCCUGGUAUUUCCGUCGAGUGGACUCCCGAUGAGCAGUCCAUUCUCGACGAUUUGCUUUCCAAAUAUGCAUCAGAAUCAAACUUAGUCCGCUAUGCUAAGAUUGCGAUGAAGUUAAAGGACAAAACUGUUCGAGAUGUGGCACUGCGUUGUAGGUGGAUGACUAAACAAUCAGCGAAUAGAACUCUUUGGAAUCUAGUGCCUGAUGUUGUUGGAGGCAUUCUAGAACAAUGCAAUAUCCUUACAUGCACUCCAUGCCUUGUUGCAGUGGGGUAUUACGGAGAUUGGUCUAGUGGAAAGGGAUUGGACCUGGGAUGUGUGCUGAGGCUUGUGUCUUUAUUUAAUGGGUUCCAUUCUUCAACUAAAAAAAGGAAAAUGGCAAGAGAAGGAAAGAAGAACAUUCAGCAAGGAAAAAUAAGGAUAGAAAGAGUUUUGAUUGUUGGAAAAGUUUCAGCCAUUGACAUGUGUCUGAGACGGUCAAUAGCACUUUAUGUAAAGUGUGUAUGUGGGAUUAUAGUCAUAAAAAGAGUCAUGAUUGCUUUAUGCUCUGCAAUAGAAAAGGCAACGGAUUCUUCAACGAAGUCAUCAUCUCAUCUGACAACUCGUCCGAACGGCCCUUCGUAUGCUCCACCAAUUAUUCCCAUAGACAAUGAUGACGGCGUUUCUUACAAAGAUAAUCUGUCAUUUGCAGAUAUUGGUGGUGAAACAGGAGAACUUCUCGAGAAAAAUGCUCAAAUCUUGAGUCAAAUUUCUUCAAAUUUUGCAUCUUUUCAGGUGAUGUAUAGAUACUUGAACCUAAUCAGUGCCAACCAAGCCAUGAUAGCUGAGAUGAUCCCAUCUUGUUGUUUGUCUGAUCCACACAAUAUGAUGCUUGGAGUGACUCGAGACAAAUUUACAAUACAUGAUAAUAUCAGUCUUUUAUGUAAAAGUCGGGAGAAUAUCCUUGCUCUCUUGAAUGACAAGUUCUGCAGCUUAAAUGACAUGCCAGAGACAAUGGAGCAGAUGCCCCGGCUUCCAGUGAACUUGAAUGAAGAGCUUGCCAGCAACAUCCUUCCCCCACCAUCCCAUUAG